AUGACAGCGCUCCAACAGUUUUCCAGGGAUGGGACGUUCCUAUCGGAAGCCCUGCAGACCCCGAUUAGUAUGAACAUCUGGAACACGCACUACAACAAGGAUUUCUUCCCUGGCCCCACCGAAUUCUGGCCGGAGCGCUGGAUGGGCGAAGGAACUCGGGAGCUAGAGAAGUAUCUAGUUCCAUUUGGCAGUGGAUCCAGAAUGUGUACCGGUCAGAAUCUAUCCAUCGCCGAGCAGGUUCUCACCAUCGCCACGCUCUUCCGCAACUACGAGCUUGAGCUGUACCAGACCACCAAGAAAAACGUUGUGAUGGCGUCAUACUGCAUGAUCUCGCUGCCUGGAUCUGAGUCGCCUGGUAUUCAAGUGAAAGUCCGCAAGACGGUGCAAUAG